AUGCCUCUUUUACUAAAAGAAUAGUAUAAUCAUAAGAGAGUAAUUAAAAUAAAUAAAAUUUUAGUUGAGUUAAUUGGUGGUGAGGAUUGUUAUAAACCUGCAUGUAGAGUAUGUUUCCAUCUUGCAUAAACUCAAUCAAAAACAUAAUCCAUAUUAUAUGUUAAUUAAGAGAAUCAUUUUGAGUAAAAAAAUUUGA